AUGGCGUCACGGCUAGAUCGCCUUGUCACGCUCAUUGAGACGGGCAGUACUCGCCUGAUCCGGGAUGCUGCUGUAGACCAGCUCGCCACAUGGCAAAAGGAACAUCCUGAUGAGCUUUUCAACCUGCUCUCUCGGGUUGUCCCCUACCUGCGCCACAAAGACUGGGAAACCAGAUCAACUGCUGCCAAAGCUAUAGGCAAAAUCAUCGAGAAUGCACCGCAAUAUGACCCCAAUGCCGACGAGGAGCCCGAUACGGCGAUAAAAGAUGAGGACAGCAAUGGCUUCAUCAAGAAAGAAGAGGGGCCAAAACUGUCUCUUAGCGAGGAGGAACAGUUCAGUCUUAGGACCCUGGACGUUAUCAACAUUCUCAAGUACGGCAGGUCGUUGCUCAGAAUUGGCGACAAAAAUGAUUGGGGCCUUGCAGCUCUCGAUCCACAAAGUCGGCUGAACCAUCAGAAGAAAACGCUCAAUGGCCGUCUGGGUCUCCUUGGACGUGAGUUUAAGGAUGAAGAGAUACCUGUCGUUAACGAUGCCAUCCUCAGCCCUGCGACCCCUCUCGAUCCAGCUGCAGCUAAUGGCUUCGGCCGUCAUGACAGUGUCGGUUCCGGCAACAAUCAGAACGGUGAGACGGCCGGGCUUAGUGCACGCCAGCUGAAUGUUCUCAAGCGAAAGCGGAAGAAGGAGGCCCAGAAGGCUGCUCAGGGCAAGACCGGCUUCGGUGACCUCUCCUUGCGCCGAAACACGACCGCCGGCUCCGAGGGCUUUGACGACACCCCGAUGGUGGACGCCGAUUCCAAGGGCGGCAAGAUGAACGACUAUUUCAGCCUCGAUAGGCCCGCCGAUAUUGAAGAGGACACUAAGGUUGUCAGCGAAUACAAGGGGCCCAUCAUUCCCAUCAAGUCCGAGAUUGAGGCCGACAACAACUUGGAAGGUGUUGAAUGGCCAUACGAACGUCUCUGCGAUUUCCUCAAGGUCGACCUCUUUGAUCCUCAAUGGGAAACUCGUCAUGGCGCUGCCAUGGGCUUGCGCGAGGUGAUCAGGGUUCAUGGCGCUGGCGCAGGAAGACUGAUGGCCAAGUCUCGUUCGGAGAACAACGAACUCAAUCGCAAGUGGCUGGAUGACCUCGCCUGCCGCUUGUGCUGCGUUUUGAUGCUUGAUAGGUUCACAGAUUAUAGCUCCGAUACCUCUGUGGCGCCUAUUCGUGAGACCGUCGGCCAGACACUUGGAUCCGUCCUUCGUCAUUGCCCUUCAGUGACGGUCCAUGCCAUCUACGAACUGUUGUUUCGUAUGGUGAUGCAAAGAGAUCUUCAGCUUAACCACCAUGAGUGGGCCAUCUGCCACGGUGGCAUGAUCGGCCUUCGAUAUGUCGUUGCUGUGAGGAAGGACCUGCUGCUGCAAAAUACUGCCAUGAUUGACGGCGUUAUUCUCGCUGUCAUGGAAGGAUUGGCCAACCAGGAUGACGAUGUUCGCUCGGUCAGCGCGGCAACCCUCAUACCUAUGGCCAAGGAAUUUGUUAUGAUGCGCUCAGAUGCCCUACCCAAUCUCAUCAACAUUGUUUGGGAAAGUCUCUCUAACCUGGGAGACGAUCUCAGUGCGUCUACAGGAAAGAUCAUGGACCUCCUGGCGACUCUUUGCAGUUUCCCAGAAGUCUUGGAAACCAUGAAGCACUCGGCGUCACACGACGAGGAGCGAUCAUUCACACUCCUCGUCCCGAGGCUUUAUCCCUUCCUUCGUCAUACUAUUACCUCUGUCCGGCUCGCUGUGCUUAAGGCUUUGAUGACAUUUGUCAAGCUCGGAGGCGACACAACGCAAGGGUGGCUUGGUGGAAGGAUUCUGCGUCUAAUCUUCCAAAACAUCCUUGUUGAGAGGGACCAGGAAACGCUGAAUGCAUCUGUCGAUCUUUGGGCGGCCCUCGUCCGCACACUUGCUAACAACAACCCUGCGAUACUCGCUGAUGAGUUUGGCCCGCACGUGGACACGCUCAUGCAGCUGACGCUCCAUCCCAUCGGUGUGUCCAGAAACCCCAUCCCCAUGAAUGCAAGCUUGAGGUCAUCGCCACCAGAAGGUGCGGAGAGGACUGUCAAACGGAGGAGAAAAUCGACCAGGGUCGAUGAUCCUCCUCCAACUUCCCAUACUCACGAUGUCGAUGGCCACAUGAUGCAGGGAGAUGUCGACCUCGUUGGAAUGGAUGUUCUGAUCCGUUCUCGCGUCUCGGCUGCUAAGGCCAUGGGCUUAGUCAUGGCUUUGGUUCCGCCAUCAACCGUCGAAGCCUACGAUGCCAGCAUUAUUCCCGCCCUCUCAUCCGCAUACUCUUCAACUCAGCUUACUGCCGGCGUCAUCAUUGACGAGUACGCCAAAAAUAGCGCCUCUAGUCAGGCGUCAGCUCGCUUCGUACAACCAUUGCUCGCAAUCAUUGAGCAAGAACGGCCAUCCCACUACCGAGACCUGGUUACCUACGUGCAGCGGGUACGAUCACAAUCGCAGCAGCUGCUUAACCUCUGCCGUGAUCAUGGCAAGGUUUCGCAGAGCAAGUUGCCCACUCUCGCUGUUGUGGUACAGGGCGAGCCCGAAGCUGGUCCCGGCGCCUUUUCCAUUGCCAACGCUGAGAAGGUCGUCAACGAAGAUUUCGAGAGGCUCAAGAAGAUCAUGGCCCCUGGUCAGCGGCUGAUCGCUGUCAAGGACCUCAAUGAGGCUCGCGAUCUCGUCGUCAUUGCCAUUGAGGAAGCCAAGGCGGCAAAGGAAGCUCGUGACACUCGUAUUCGUGCUUCUGCUGCAUGCGCCUUGGUGUCCAUGCAGGUGCUACCCAAAAAGCCCAGCCCACUCAUCAAGGCUAUCAUGGAUAGCGUCAAGGGCGAGGAGAACCACCUGCUACAGUGUCGCUCCGCUACUGGCGUCGCGCGUCUGGUACAACUCUUUACUGAGUCUGGCCGCCGUGGCCCUGGCGACAAGAUUGUCGCUAACUUGGUCAAGUACACAUGUGUGGAAACUGCUGAGACACCUGAGUUCCCCCAACACGCUCAUAAGAUGAACGUUAUUCUUUCCAUGUCCAAGGAGGAGGACCGAGCCGAGCACGACGAUCCCAUCAGAUUCGCGAUCGAAGCAAAGAGAGCUCACAUUACUCGUCGCGGUGCCAAGCAGGCUUUGGAGGUGCUGUCACAGACAUACGGACCUGAACUUCUGAGCCGGGUCCCUAGUCUCCGCGCCUUCAUGGAGGAGCCUCUGGUCAGAGCCUUUUCAGGUGAACUUCCAGCAGAGGCCAGAGAUCCUUCGAGCAUGUUUGGUCAAGAAAUUGUGGAUGCCCUGUCCAUCAUUCGAACCAUGACACCAACACUCCAUACCGCACUUCACUCAUUUGUCAUGAGACAAGUGCCCUUUGUCAUCAAGGCUCUCCAGUCUCAGCUUUCGGUCUUCCGGUACAUGGCUGCCAAGUGUAUGGCCACCAUUUGCUCCGUCAUCACCGUUGAUGGUAUGACUGCUCUUGUCGAAAAGGUUCUCCCCUCAAUCAAUAACCCCGUCGACCUCAACUUCCGCCAGGGUGCCAUUGAGAUUAUCUACCACUUGAUUGCAGUCAUGGGCGAUGCUAUCCUGCCAUAUGUAAUAUUCCUCAUUGUGCCUGUCCUUGGCCGCAUGAGCGAUUCCGACGACAACAUCCGUCUUAUUGCGACGACAUCAUUCGCUACGCUCGUCAAGCUCGUACCUCUUGAGGCUGGUAUUCCAGAUCCUCCCGGUCUUUCAGAGGAGCUUCUGCGUGGACGAAACCGCGAGAGAACGUUUAUUCAGCAGCUACUUGACCCGAAGAAGGUUGAGCCGUUCCAGAUUCCUGUCGCCAUCAAGGCCGAGCUGCGUUCGUACCAGCAGGAGGGCGUCAACUGGCUCCAUUUUCUCAACAAGUAUCACCUCCACGGUAUUCUCUGCGACGACAUGGGUCUUGGCAAGACACUCCAGACAAUUUGCAUUGUCGCCAGUGACCACCAUCAGCGUGCUGAGGAAUUUGUCAAGACUGGUGCGCCAGAUGUCAGACGACUACCGUCUUUGAUCGUCUGCCCGCCCACCCUUUCGGGACAUUGGCAACAGGAGAUCAAGAACUACGCUCCGUUCCUCAGCGUCACAACCUAUGUUGGUCCUCCUGCUGAGCGUAAGGCUAUGAAGGACGUCCUGGACGAGACCGACAUCGUCAUCACCUCUUAUGAUGUCUGCCGCAAUGAUAUUGACGUCAUUAACAAGUACAGCUGGAACUACGUGGUUCUUGAUGAGGGGCAUUUGAUCAAGAACCCCAAGGCAAAGAUUACCAUUGCUGUCAAGCAAUUGACGAGCAACCACCGUCUGAUCCUCACCGGAACGCCCAUCCAGAACAAUGUGUUAGAACUCUGGUCUUUGUUCGACUUCCUGAUGCCCGGCUUCUUGGGUGCAGAAAAGGUGUUCUUGGACAGAUUCGCAAAGCCCAUUGCGAACAGUCGAUAUAGCAAGGCGUCUUCAAAGGAACAAGAAGCAGGUGCUCUAGCUAUCGAGGCGCUGCAUAAGCAAGUCCUGCCGUUCCUCCUACGUCGUCUCAAGGAGGAGGUUCUUAACGACUUGCCGCCCAAAAUUCUGCAGAACUACUACUGCGAUCUCAGCGACCUCCAGCGCAAGCUUUUCGAGGACUUCACCAAGAGGGAGGCGGCGAAGAUCACGGAAGAAGCGGGCCGCGAUGACAAGGAGGCCAAGGCCCACAUUUUCCAGGCACUGCAGUACAUGCGCAAGCUUUGCAACUCUCCGGCGCUCGUCAUGAAGCCUGGUCACAAGCAGUACGACGAUACACAAAAGUUCCUGGCCAAGCGAAACACCAGCCUCGAGGAUCCAGUCCAUGCCCCCAAGCUCACGGCGCUCCGAGACUUGCUUGUCGACUGCGGCAUUGGUGUCGAAGGCCAAGAAUCGUCCGACCCGCUCUACACGCCCAUCAAGCCUCAUCGUGCUCUCAUUUUCUGCCAAAUGAAGGAAAUGUUGGAUAUGGUUCAGAACACCGUCCUCAAGAAAAUGCUUCCCUCAGUGUCUCACCUUCGUCUUGACGGCUCCGUCGAUCCUACCCGCCGUCAGGACAUUGUCAACAAGUUCAACAGUGACCCGUCGUACGAUGUGUUGCUUCUCACCACGAGCGUCGGUGGUCUUGGUCUCAACCUGACUGGCGCAGAUACCGUUAUCUUUGUUGAGCACGACUGGAAUCCGCAGAAGGAUCUGCAGGCCAUGGAUCGCGCCCAUCGUAUCGGUCAGAAGAAGGUGGUCAAUGUCUACCGGUUGAUCACCCGCGGAACACUCGAGGAGAAGAUCCUCAGCCUACAGCGAUUCAAGAUCGAUGUCGCUAGCACGGUCGUCAACCAGCAGAAUGCAGGACUCUCGACAAUGGAUACGGAUCAGAUUCUCGACUUGUUCAACCUUGGUGAUGCCGGACCAAACCUCAUAACGGAGGGCAAGAACAAGGACAACCUCGAGGGCAGGGAGGAGGACAUGGUAGAUAUCGAGACAGGCGAUGUCAGGCAACCUGGCAAGAAGGCGGCUUGGCUCGAAGGCCUCGGGGAGCUGUGGGACAACUCCCAGUACGAGGAAAGCUUCGACCUUGACGGGUUCUUGAAGACCAUGCAGUGA